CUAAAAUCUACCACCAUGACUUCAAUUCCGUUGAACCCACCACUCGCCGCAGAUCUCUCUGCGGACCCUGUUCCUCUCUCCGCACCCACCAAACAAUCGCCGCACAUCCUCAUCAUCGGAGGCGGGGUAACUGGCCUAACCACCGCCUGGUUUGCACUAGACCGCGGCUAUCGAGUGACCAUCAUCUCUAAAGAAUGGGCUAGCUACGGCCAGGGUCCACGACUCGCUUCCCAGAUCGCCGGCGCUCUCUGGGAGCUCCCUCCCGCUGGAUGCGGCCCACAAGCCGUGCAGGGAAAGCUUCAAACCUGCCAGAAAUGGGCCUUGGAGAGCUUGCAGAUUUACCGGACGAUGGCGGAGUCCGAUCUGGGAAAGGCAUUUGGUGUGAAAAUGCGAAUCUUCACCUCCUUCCAUACGAACCGGAUCAGCGACGACGAACUUAAAUCCAAAAAGAUGGAAUUGAUCCGCACAGAGCAGCUCGCAGACUUUGAAAAGGGCACCCACUUAUUCCAGAAGUACGGGGUAAACCCACAUUCCCACGGUGGACUACACGAUGCAUACGAACAUCAAGCUCCCAUCAUCGACACAGACGUCGCUAUGGCCUUCUUGAUGGAACUGGUACGCAACAAAGGCGCAACGCUACACACGGCCAGUAUCCAAGGCGACAUUCUCGACCAAGAAAACCAUCUCUUGGAAACAUACGGCGCAGACGCAAUCGUCAAUGCAACAGGUGUCAUGGCCCGUGAGGCUGCUGCAGACAACGCUGUCUACUGCCUCCGCGGCGGUCUUCUCCGGCUCAUCAACGACGGCACAGCCUUUCCCAAGGUCAACAAUGCAAUGCUUGUCUCUUCGGAAACCAAAUUCGACGGAGACUUCCACGAUAUGGCGUUCAUCGUGCCUAGAAACGAUAACACGUUACUCCUUGGGUCAAUUCUACACCAGGACACGUGGGAGUUGGAUCUCACUCCGGAUUGUCCUGAGGUAUUGGAGAUGCGGGGCCGCUGCGAGGAUUUGCUUCCUGCCUUGAAGAACGCAAAGGUUGACCCUGUGUUUCCUUUGGCACAAGGGCGGCGGCCGAUGAGGAGAUCGCAUGUACGAGUUGAGCGGGAGGAGAGGAGAAUGAGUAGGAUUGUGCAUUCCUAUGGCCAUGGAGGUGCAGGGUGGUCACUUGCUUUUGGGUCAGCAAGAGAGGCGCUGAGGCUGGCGGAAGAUGUGAUAUCCGAAAAUACCCUCAGCACUGAAGAUAUUAAAGCAGCUUUGUAAAUAUUAGUUCAAGCUGUGUUAUUCUAGAAAUAUCACUCUGUCCUGUUACAACGGCCGGAGGUCUGCGAAAUGAACAUGGGAAACAAGUUCUUUCUCUAAUAAAAUAAGAAUUAAAACAGAAGCUCGAUAGGAUCAAAUACUGGAACAGUUGCCAUCCUCGUAUGCCCUUCUUAUCGCAGCACGAAACUCGAUCGCCAGGUGUUCCGCAUGCUCCUUGAAAAGAACCUCCGGCGCAGCAUCAGGAAAAAGCAGUCGCAGAAUAAUAUCACAUCCAGACUCAGCAUCUCUAAACUCAUGCAGAAUAUAAAACAAAACAGCCCCAUCAUCAAUUU